AUGGCUGGAAGUUACAUUGUGAAGAAUUCUCUGUAUUCAAUUGACUUUCUCACUGAAUUUGCGAAUUUCGAACAAAAACUUCCAAAAGGAGCUCAUGGAUCAGAUAAUGGAGCUAUUCAUAUUUUCUUGGCCGAUAAAUUAUUUCCUGGAAAUCUAGAAGUCGACACGUGUCGAGAAAUUUAUUAUAAAUCUGGGAAUUCUGAUGAUCUAGCUGCUUAUACUGGGUGUAUUCGAGGUGUUUUCGGAACUCGGACUGAUUUCGGAAAUAUCAGAAUAAUGAAAAAAGGAACUGGAUGGUCGAGAGAUGAUUGGUUGACAAGUGGAUUGUGGAACCCUUCGAGAGAUUUCAUGCUUCAUGGAUGGAAAACAAAACAGUUGAAGGAUUCUCCUAAUGAAACUUUGAAACUGAUUCCAAUGAGUUACGAUCAAUGGUAUAACCCGUUGGCUGGUCCAAUUGUUGUUGGAAGGUGUUUUAUUGGAAACAUCACGUGGUCAUAUUCGCCCCGUUUGUUGGCCGACCAGAGACAACUUGAUGACGCCCUCCUGGAUUAUGCCAGAAAAGUUGAUAAGGAAAAAGCGAAAAUUCUUGGAAGACUCCCAAUUAUUUUGGAAAAGACAUAA